AUGUUGCGUGACAAUAAAAGAAAUGCCACCUCACAAAGACCCUUCUGUGAAGCUCCGCUCGUUAAUACCAGUGCAGCCAUCAGAAAGUGUUCGACCUCCACGGCCAUGUAUCUUCUACUGGCCUCGACUUUACUGUGCUUAUGCUUCACUUCAUCCAGUGCAGCACAAUCACGUUAUCGACAGCGAAUUCUUGUUCUCGGAGGUGACGGAAUGCUAGGAAGCGAGACGGUGGCUCGGUUGAAGCUGAGAGGACACGACAUCACAAUCGCGCAUCGAGGGACGUGGUACUGGGACUCUGCUCUUAGAAUCAAACCUUGGGUCAAAUUCGUGCCGUGCGAUCGAGCUAAGUUUAACGAUUGCGCUGAAAGACUUGGAGAUGUUACACAAGAGAAAGGCAUGUUUGAUGCGGUGUUCGACUUUAGUGGUUACAGACCUAGUGAUAUUAAGGUAAACAGUCACCCUUUGUUACAAUGUAAUAUCGAUGUUUAUUGUCAACAAUUUGUUUGUUUGUAAACGCAACGUAACCUGUCGGUGUGUUCUACGGGUCUUUACGGAGUGCGUUCGUCUACGAUAGCGUAAAUGUAACGUUAAUGAAAUUUAAAAAAUUCAACGAGUUAAGGCCUUGUAUUCUUAUCCUUUAUAAUCCGUGCAAGCGCUCGUGUCAGAAUUCACGCACAUAAACGAUACAUGGCUCUUACAGGAGUGCAUUUCUUUGUCACAUUUCACUGUGAUCUGUUACAGCUACCGUUGCGUGACAACUUCCACGCGGCCGAACAUUAAGGUAACAGAAUCGGUGAAUCAAAGUGCUUUUAACAGAAAUCAUGCGCAUGUGUGAAGCUUGGCGCUUGUUAAAACGAACUCAGUGAAAUUAGACGUUAAAAAAAUUUAAGAUUCCAGGUAACGAAUGUUUACUGAAAUGAUAUCAAAUGGAUGUCUCUCUACAGUAUUCUUGAUUGUGAAUCAAUCCGUCCUUGUUAAAGAGCUCUUUUCGGCAAGCACUAACUAAUACACUUAAUUCAGCUACGCCCAGUUGGGCACGGUAAAGAUUGAAGAUUGGGGCAAUUAUAUGGAAAAGGUUUGUGUCCUCCCCCCCUACACUUCCCACCUUCGUGGAUUUCGACUUUCUUAGAUUUUGUUUAACAUCCUCAGGAUUUUAUGCUCAAGAUGCGUAGCAGGAUUCGUCGUUACAUUUACAUCAGCACUGAUUCUGUGUAUGAGGUUUGCGAGGAACCUUCCCACGAGGGACCCACGCGUGAGGACGAUGCCAAGCGCCCAGAGGAUCCGAAGACAAGGGAGGCCUAUAGUCAGAAGGACCCUUAUGGAAGUGCAAAGUUGGAGUGUGAGUAUAGUUAACCUGCUUACUAUUUCAAGCAUCUUUUUGAGUACAAGUCUUAUUCUUAAAAAAAGCAAAAAGAACUGAUUGGUCAGUUUUCUAUGAUAUUACUGACUUCUCUUCCCUCUUAAAAUAAAGGUUAUAUAGCUUACGCAAAUUGUUAUCGGUUAGUUUCGAUCUGUUAAGUCGAUUUGUUGGCUAUAACAAUGUCGUCAACCGUUUGCACAAUUGCCUAUUGUUAUGGAAACUUGCUGAGAGUCGUCUGUACUAAAUCUGUGAACCCAAUUUGCAAAGUAAACCUUGCCGGCGAGCCAGCCGCCAUUGUGAACGUUAAAGGACGUGCGUUUCUCCGCCUGCGGGAAGAUUUGAGACGAAUCGGGUAGAAGCUCGCUGAGGGUCUGGCACUAUCAGUACGGAACCCCUACAGGACGUCUCUAUGGCUCGCGUUGCUCACAGCCUCGUACUUUCCCGCAGGCGAAGAAACGCUUGUGCCAAAGCGCUGACAAUAAGAGUCUGCUCGCUGGCUUAGUCAACCUUAAAUGUUUCGCAUCAGUAGGCUUCUCAAUUAUAACCCUCAGACUCAAAAGCCAGACGUAGCUAUGAUUUUUUAAAGAGAGAGGUGGGGUAUUGGUUACGAAUCUUCGCGUGCUGUAUUCAUGUGGAAAAUAAGAUCUGCCAUAGAGUAUCUGGAAAAGAUUUGUGCGGAACAGAUUCUUCGAAUUCGCGCGUUUUUAUCAUGUGAAAUAUAUAUUUGUAUGUACUUAAAAAAGUGUCCUAAUGUGCGAGCAGGCCUUCAUCAAAAGCGCUUCGGUACAAAUGUUUCUUCGCGAGCUAGAAAGUUUGACAGCACCGCGCGCAAGCCGGCGCGCGGUCUCAUUAACCUUCCUGCAUGCACAUAAUUCCCCUAACUACGUCUCUAUAAGCUCAAAGUAUUGUCUGAACGCAGACGAAUUUGUCUCCUAGGUGAAGAGGUUCUCAGAAGAGAACACGAACUAUGGAACAUUCCUUUUAUGAUUAUUCGCCUUCCUGACGUCAUUGGAAUGCGAGACAACACCGAUCGCUUCUGGCGCUAUCUCCUUUGGAUGCGUUUCCACGACAUCUUUGACAAACCUUUAGAACUGCCAAAGAGUCUUCAAAACAAGCCGCUCAGUUUCGUCUUUGCCGAAGAUGUCGCAAAUCUCUUGAUUGUCCUACCUGAGUACGACGAGAACGUAUACAACUUCGCUUACAACCUUGCCUUCCGCGAGACUGCAACGCUGGAGGAAUUUCUCCAAAUUACGGCGAAGCAUCUUGGUGUUUCUGACGUAAAAUUUGACAAGUCUAGCGAGCGAGGAACGUAUUAUUACCCCUCGGUGACGCGCGGACCGGUAGAUAUUAAUAUGGCGUGGAAUUAUCUUCGCUGGAAUCCGCACACACUCGACAAAGCUAUUAUGAAGACAGUUCAAUUUUACGAGUACGCGAUGCGUUCAGAAGAUUUUAAAGAGAAAAGAAAGGCAAUCCUGGACAGUUUGCCUGUACCUGGUCAUGCCAUGGAAGCAUUUAAACAACGGCUAAAAGAGGUCUACGGCUUGGACUACAAUAGACCAGCAGAUGUCAAGGACGAGUUAUAACCAUUAAAGUGCCUACGGAAUCCUACUCUAGGGAGUUUUCUAUGUGACAGAUUUAACAGCACGCAAUUAUGUGUAGCACCACUUUCCAAGCAUAAGCUGUUGCGCUAGUCGACGCCCACGCCGCUACGUGCAUUAAUGAUAAUUUAAGGCUGUAUGCAGAGGUGUAUGUUCUGUUGAAAGGCUGAACAGAAGUAGUAAAAGAUUUUUACGGCAGGUAACUCCCUGUAACAAACUGGAUAUCUCUAUUUUAUUGGAACCACUUAGUCUAACUCCAGACUUUAAGAUACAAUGGCCGGUAAUAUAAGUUUGCUAUCCUUAUUUUUUUAUAACAAGUGCAGAAGGUUCGACUUAAACUUGAAUUAUUUGAGAACGAUUACACAAAAAGAAAGUCGAUGAACAAGCACAGGUACGAAAUUACAUAACGAACCGCUUAGAUCAGAACAACCGGAACUACCGUUUAACUAUGAGAUAAAUCUUCCGCUUUAUCAAUUUAAUCGAACACAAAAUUUGAACAGUAAUGUGAUCAAUUCUGACAAUAAAAGGGCCAAGUUACACUAUGUUAAGGCAACUUUUCCGUCACUAACAAUUGAACCUAGUAAGCUGAAGGAGAUUAGGAAAUGUUUGUGUACUGGUGUACACCAACAAAAAAAAAAACGAAUCAACAAGAGAGAAAAAGGGG